AUGGCGGAAGCAGCCGAGCCCAGUGGCGAACCCCAACGUGCCGACAGUAAAACCCAGCAUUCUGCGGAGAAAUUUCUGGGGAGCCUCCCCAGACGCGACCCACGCUCGGUGCUCAGGGUAUCUCAGCUGCUGCUCAGGGCCAUCGGCGAGCACAAGGGCCUGACCCUGGCGGUGCUCAAGAGGGAGCUGGGAAACGCGGGCUACCUGGUGCGCAAGAAGCCCGGCCGCUCCUCGGGGGACUGGGGCAAGCCCGAGGUCAGGGGCACGCUCCUGCGGGUCAGCGGCAGCGAGGCCGCCGGCUACUUCAAGGUCUGUAAGAUCCCCAAGGGCAGGAAAAAGUCCAGCCGGCCCAAGCAGGAGGAGGCCAACCGCUGGAGGAGGAUCCGACCCGAGGCCCUGCCCCGGAGGAGGCACACGCAUCGCCAGGCAGCCAAGAAAGCCAGGGAGGUCUGGAGAUGCAACUCGAAGGUCACCGUGAAGACCAGGCGGGUCAAGGCCAAGGCCAGGGGGUCGGUGCGCGUCCGGGCCAAGGAGGAAGUCAGAGCCAAGGUGAUGGAUGAGAGCAGAGGACGGGCUUCGAAGGAAGAUACCGGGCCUGAAAGGAGGCUGAGCGCCAAGGUCAGGGAGGAGAGGAAGCCGGAACCUGAGAAGCCGGGGAAGAAGCCCAUCCAGAAGUCCUCGGCGGUGAAAAGUGACUGCAGUGGCCCCGGACAGGGCAAGGUGCGCAGCAAAUCCUCCGUGAAGUCUGACAGUCCACGGAACGCAGCUGAGAACCCAUAG